AUGCCAACAGCAGAGGCGUGCCACGUGGCCAUUCAGGUCAUCCGCGCACCCCCUUCCGCCCCCUCCGCCCCUCCCGCGUCCCCUGGGCCUCCCCCCUCACUGCGCAUCGUCUCCCUCUCCGCAGCCGCCAACCACCGUGUGCCCUCUGUCUCGCUGCCCCUCGCCCGCCUGCUCCCCGGCCUCUACGCCUCGCCCCCCCACUCCGCCCCCUGCGCCCUCGACUAUGCCUCCGCCCAUGCGCUGCUGGCAGGGGGGCCAGCGGUGGGCGAUGAGGGGGAGGAAGGGGCAGCACAGGCGAGAGAGCCGGGGGAGGAAGGUGGAGGGGGGGGCGGGGGUAGCAGGGAGGGGGCCGAGGAGAGUGGUGCAGCAGAGCAGGGGGGAGGGGCAGGGGGAGGAGCAGGGGGGACACGGUGGGCGGCAUAUGUGGCGGGGGCGCUGGUGGUGCUAGCGAGGGAGAGAGAGGUGGAGUUCCUCCGGGCAUGGAUGGGCGGUGGGGGACAGGGGCAGGGGGAAGGACAGGGGGGCGAGGGCGAGGGCGGGGGCGGGGCGGAGGGGAGGGUGGAGGGGGUGGCGGUGGUGGUGGCAUCGUCAGUGCCGGAGGGGGUGGGAGUGGCGUCGUCAGCAGCGGUGGAGGUGGCGAGCAUGAUGGCUCUCGUGCACGCUCUGGGCAUGCACGUGCCCCCCUGGCACCUCGCCCGCAUGUGCCAGAUCGUGGAGAACCGCGUGGUGGGGGCGCCCUGCGGCAUCAUGGACCAGAUGGCCGUCACACUCGCCCGCCCCGCCUCGCUGCUCGCGCUGCUGUGCCGCCCCGCCAGCGUGCAGGGCUGCCUGGCGCUGUCCCCCCACGUGACGCUGUGGGGCAUCGACUCGGGUGCACGGCACAGCGUGGGCGGCGCGGGGUAUGGCGGGGCUUAUGAUCGGCUGCCCUUCCACCUUGCCCGCGUCGCCUGUGUGCUCCCGCGUGGCCAGCGCGCCCCCGUGCACCCACGGCAGGGCGUGGCAAGGCAGGCGGGGCGGUUGACAGGCGGGGCUCAGGGGAUGCAUGCAUGCAUGGCGUGCCAUCACACAACCUGCCUCAUGCCCGCACUCACCUCACCACUUCUUCCGCCCUCCCUGACCCCCACUGUCACCCUCCCCACGUCCUCUUCCCACACUCUUCCAUUCCCAACUCCCACCACCCCUCCCCAUUCUUCCCUGCAAUCUCAACCCACAUUCCUGCUCCCACCUCUGCCCGGCCAUGCCAGCGUGCCCCUACUGGAGCCCAUACUGCCCGCCACCAUGCACGGCAGCGCCUUCCUCGCGCGCCACGCCUCCCACGGCGACCCCGCCACCACCGUGAAUCCCGCCCUGCCCUACCCCGUGCUGCCCGCCACGUGCCACCCUGUCAUGGAGCACUUCCGCACGCGCUGCUUCCGCUCCCUGCUGCUCACACGCGUGGGGGACGAGGAAAGGCGAAAAGAGGGUGAGGGGGAAGUUGACGAGGGGGAAGGAGAUGAGGGGGUGGAUGGGGAUGGGGGCGCUGGGUCAGGCGGAGGGAGGCGUGAGCAGAUGGCGUUGCUGGGGGAGCUGAUGAUGCAGGUACGCCCCUUACAGCUCAUGAUGCAGGUACGCCCCUUACAGCUCAUGAUGCAGGUGCGCCCCUUACAGCUCAUGAUGCAGGUACGCCCCUUACAGCUCAUGAUGCAGGUACGCCCCUUACAGCUCAUGAUGCAAGUACGCCCCUUACAGCUCAUGAUGCAGGUACGCCCCUUACAGCUCAUGAUGCAGGUACGCCCCUUACAGCUCAUGAUGCAAGUACGCCCCUUACAGCUCAUGAUGCAGGUACGCCCCUUACAGCUCAUGAUGCAGUUACGCCCCUUACAGCUCAUGAUGCAGGUACGCCCCUUACAGCUCAUGAUGCAGGUACGCCCCUUACAGCUCAUGAUGCAGGUACGCCCCUUACAGCUCAUGAUGCAGGUACGCCCUCAUAGCUGCGUCGCUGCACCCUUCUGUUGCCCCUCUGUGGUCCCUCGCCACAUGCCACGUCCUCUACAAUCAUCGCUCUCCUCUCAACUCUCCCAUCUCGCCCCCUUCAUCCCACUGCUUCCUCAUCCAACUGCCUCCUCAUCCCACUGCUUCCUUAUCCAACUGCCUCCUCAUCCCACUGCCUCCUCAUCCCACUGCCUCCUCAUCCCACUGCCUCCUCAUCCCACUGCCUCCUCAUCCCACUGCCUCCUCAUCCCACUGCCUCCUCAUCCCACUGCCUCCUCAUCCCUCUGCCCCCGCACCAUCAACUCCCUGCUCAUGUCACUUUUCACACCUUGCCGUCUUUUACCCCUUGCUCCCUCCGCGUCCCCGCUGCCCCCUGUGGCGCCGUGCGGGGGGGAGCAGAGCCAUGGGAGCUACACGGCGUGCGGGCUGGGGUCGCCCUCCACCGACCUCAUUCUUGCGCUCGCCCGCACCCACAUGGGGCCGCAUGGUCCUUUGUGGGGUGCCAAGAUAACGGGGGGAGGCAGUGGGGGCACGGUGUGUGUACUGGGGGACAGCACGGCAGCGGCGCAGGCAGCGGUGGACGAUGUGUGCCGCCGCUUUCAGAGCGCCACGGGGCAUCGCCCGCACCUCUUCCGCGGCUCCUCGCCCGGCGCCGCUCAUUUCGGCCACCUCGUCCUGCACCCGCCGUAA